ACUGCCUGGAUAACAACCUGGAUACGCUCAGCGUGUCCUGUUCAAACAAACCAGCUCUGUGUUCACCGAGACUGAGGAGGGUGGUGAAGGGCAAGGAGCUGCUGACAGGCGUCCAUGUGGCAGAGCAAACCUGCACUCAUUUUCUGUCCUCUUUAAAGCAUCAGAAUCUGAGAAGCAGGCUGGUUUAGUCUGUGUCAUCUUACGUCCUGCCUUCAGACUGCGAGAGGCUUUAACCAGGGUGACGUCAACACUGAAUGGACACAACAUGGGCUCAGAUGAGGCUUACAACUUUGUAUUUAAGGUGGUUCUAAUUGGAGAAUCGGGUGUUGGGAAGAGCAAUCUUUUGUCCCGAUUCACGAAAAAUGAGUUCAACCAUGACAGUCGCACAACCAUCGGGGUGGAGUUCAGCACAAGGACGGUGCAGCUCAACAGCUUCACCAUCAAGGCGCAGAUCUGGGAUACAGCCGGUCUAGAACGAUACCGGGCCAUCACUUCUGCGUACUACAGGGGGGCCGUUGGAGCCCUGCUGGUCUAUGAUAUCACCAAACAUCUCACCUAUGAGAGCGUGGAGCGCUGGCUGAAGGAGCUGUACGACCACGCUGACCCCCACAUUGUGGUGAUGCUGGUGGGUAAUAAAACUGACCUGGAGUCAGAGAGAUCUGUGCCCACAGAGGAGGCCAAAGACUUCGCAGAAAAAAAAGGCCUGCUGUUCCUGGAGACCUCGGCCUUGCAGUCAACUAAUGUGGAAGCAGCGUUCAACAAAGUCUUAGAAGAGAUUCACAAAAAGGUGAACAGCAAAGAAGUGGUGCGAGGCUCCAUAAAUGCUGUGACCCUGAACAGCUCCAGAGCAGAAAAUGAAGAGGAUAAGAAGCCCUGCUGCAAGAACAUCUGAACCUACUGUCCAUCUGGGGGCCCAGGGACCCACCUACAACGCUGGGCUUAAGUUAGCAAGAGACUGGCAACAUGCUGACCUCACGCGUGCAAAUAAAUGGCUUGAGGUUUAGCAAUGCUGGUUUGAAAUGACUUAUUUCCACGUUCCACAGACUUACAAUAUGAGUAGAUGGAAACCUAGAUCAAGCUUCCAAAAAAAACUUGCUCAUUCUGGAACAAAGGUCAACACUGAAACACUAAACUGGGACCUAUAAUAUGAUUUGUGGUGGGAAUUUGAAGUAAGUAAACUUAUAAUGGCAUAAUGUAAAGGAGAGAUGAGAUCUGACUGAUGAAAUGUUCCUUCUUGAAACCAACUGCUUGAUGAUGUUUUGUGCUGUAAGUCCUGACCUGCUGCUGCUGAUUGAUUGUUUGGUGAGAAAUAAAUAUUUAUAUUGACUCAUUA